GCUUCGGCCUCUCCCUCCUCCUCGCUCGCUCGAUCGCUCCCACGUCCUCGCCUCCCUCCACAAACCACCACCACCAUCCAGGAUCGCAGCGCGGCGCGCGAGAGAGGGGUGAGCAGGUCGGGCAAGAUGAGGGAGAUCCUGCACAUCCAGGGCGGCCAGUGCGGCAACCAGAUCGGCGCCAAGUUCUGGGAGGUGAUCUGCGGCGAGCACUGCGUCGACUCCACGGGCCGCUACUCGGGGACCUCCUCGCAGCAGCUCGAGCUCGAGCGGAUCAACGUCUACUACAACGAGGCUGGGGGUGGCCGCUAUGUGCCCCGCGCCGUGCUCAUGGACCUGGAGCCCGGCACCAUGGAAUCCAUCCGCGCCGGCCCCUUCGGCGGCAUCUUCCGCCCCGACAACUUUGUCUACGGCCAGUCCGGCGCCGGGAACAACUGGGCCAAGGGCCACUACACCGAGGGCGCCGAGCUCAUCGACUCCGUCCUUGACGUCGUGCGCAAGGAGGCCGAGAACUGCGACUGCCUCCAAGGGUUCCAAGUAUGCCACUCCCUGGGUGGCGGCACUGGUUCUGGCAUGGGCACGCUGCUCAUUUCCAAGAUCCGGGAGGAGUACCCGGACCGCAUGAUGCUCACCUUCUCCGUGUUCCCGUCGCCCAAGGUGUCCGACACCGUCGUGGAGCCCUACAACGCCACGCUGUCCGUGCACCAGCUCGUGGAGAACGCCGACGAGUGCAUGGUCCUUGACAACGAGGCGCUCUAUGAUAUUUGCUUCCGCACCCUCAAGCUCACCAACCCUUCAUUUGGUGACCUGAACCAUCUGAUCUCGGCGACGAUGAGCGGCGUGACAUGCUGCCUGCGGUUCCCGGGCCAGCUGAACUCGGACCUCCGCAAGCUGGCGGUGAACCUGAUCCCGUUCCCGCGGCUGCACUUCUUCAUGGUGGGGUUCGCCCCGCUGACGUCCCGCGGCUCGCAGCAGUACCGCGCGCUGACGGUGCCGGAGCUGACGCAGCAGAUGUGGGAUGCCAAGAACAUGAUGUGCGCGGCGGACCCGCGCCACGGGCGGUACCUGACAGCGUCCGCCAUGUUCCGGGGCAAGAUGAGCACCAAGGAGGUGGACGAGCAGAUGAUCAACGUGCAGAACAAGAACUCCUCCUACUUCGUGGAGUGGAUCCCCAACAACGUCAAGUCCAGCGUGUGCGACAUCCCGCCCGUCGGGCUGCCCAUGGCCUCCACCUUCGUGGGCAACUCCACCUCCAUCCAGGAGAUGUUCCGCCGCGUGAGCGAGCAGUUCACGGCCAUGUUCCGGCGCAAGGCUUUCUUGCACUGGUACACCAGCGAGGGCAUGGACGAGAUGGAGUUCACAGAGGCCGAGAGCAACAUGAACGACCUCGUUGCCGAGUACCAGCAGUACCAGGACGCCACCGCCGAGGAGUACGAAGAGGAAGAGCACGACGGCGAGGAGGAGCACGCCUGAUCUGGACGCCAACUCAUCGGUGCAAAGCGUUUCAGUUUCAUCGCUCCUAUGGUACACAAAUCGCGACUACGUAUUCCUACAAUCCUACUACCUUAAGUAUGUAUAUUCAUGUACUGCCGUAUUUGCCUUACUGCUUUUAUUAGCUUGUGUGUGUAUCUACAGUCGUGUGUGUUAGUGUUUUCUGAAAUUGUGAUAUAUUGCCACCGCUGUCCAGAUUCUGUGGGUAUGUUUAUUCAUAUAAUUGGAAUGCUCUCUGUUCUUGUACGU